AUGGCACAUCCAACACAUCUUGAUCCAAGCGAACUAGGAACAAAGGAAUACUGGGACAAAUAUUACCAGAAUGAUCUUGAUCAACAACACCAAGAUAGUUCAGAGGUGGACGAAGACGCGGCCGACGACGACGACGACACAGAAGAAACCGAAUUACCAGACCCUUCUGACUUGGAAUCUUGGUUCGACGACGUUGGAGCUCCAGCAAAGACUCUUGAAUUUUUGACGUCUGAAACCUUUCCAUUAUCACCCAAUUAUGCCGGUGGAGAUGAUGAUGAAGACGGCGACGGAGAUCACCAACUCAGCGUACUGGAUCUCGGCACGGGCAACGGCAGUGCCUUGUUCGCGUUGCGUCUGGAGGGAGAGUACACUGGACGCAUGGUAGGGGUGGAUUAUUCAAGUCGGAGUAUCGAACUCGCGAGGAAACUGCACAGACAGUACUUUCCUCCCUCGAGCAUGGCAGGUUCGAAUACCGAGAAGAAAGAAGAAAACGACAUGACGUUUGAAAUUCUCGACCUAGUCAACGACACUCCUUCGACAAAACCGUGGUGGCCAGUAUCGGAAGGUGGAUUCGACCUCGUGUUGGACAAGGGGACUUUUGAUGCGAUUUCACUCUCCUCCACGACCAUGACGGAUCCCACCACUGGAAAGGACAGGCGGAUGUGCGAGUUUUAUCCCGCCAAGAUUCUAGACAUGGUCAGACCCAGCGGGUUCCUGUUGAUCACCAGUUGUAACUGGACCGAGGAGGAAGUCGUUUCGUGGUUCACCGGUGCACAGACAAGCAAUGACGGUACGUCGAGUACAGCCAGGUUUGUUGUCCACGAUAGGAUCAAAUACCCCGUCUUCGAGUUCGGGGGACAAAAAGGUCAAGGUGUGGCGAGUGUUUGCUUCAAAAAGAUUCAAGAGCCUACAAGUUCUCGGUGA